AUGGCGAUCGCUAAGGCUGCCAAGGGCGUGGCCGCCAAGAAGAAGGCCCAGGUCUUCGUGAUCGACUGCAGCAAGCCCGUGGGGGACUCCAUCAUGGAGAUCGCGUCGUUUGAGAAGUUCCUGGCCGACAAGAUCAAGGUCAGCGGCAAGACCGGCGUGCUGGGGGACAACGUCAAGGUGUCCCACGACAAGUCCAAGGUGACCGUGACCAGCGAGGUGCACAUGUCCAAGCGGUAUGUCAAGUACCUCACCAAGAAGUUCCUCAAGAAGCACAACGUGCGCGACUGGCUGCGCGUCAUCGCCUCCAACAAGGACCGCUCCGUCUACGAGCUCCGCUACUUCAACAUCGCGGAGAACGAGGGCGAGGACGACGAGUAG